AUGUAUCGCACGGCAGCUUCACGAGCCAUGGCUCUUAAGGGAUCCCUUAGCCGAAGUUUGAGACCGGCGCGUUAUGCAAGUUCUAGUGCUGUGGCGACGAGUUCGUCUUCGUCGUCGGGUUUCUUGGGCUGGUUAGCUGAUAAGUCAUCGUCUUCGCUUACCUCAUUGGACAUGCCACUACAGGGCGUCUCUCUUCCUCCGCCGCUUCCUGACCACGUCGAGCCGAGCAAAUUUAAGAUCACCACUCUUCCAAAUGGUCUCAAAAUUGCAUCAGAGAUGUCUCCGAAUCCAGCAGCUUCCAUUGGUUUGUAUGUUGAUUGUGGUUCUAUCUACGAAGCUCCUUAUUUCCAUGGAGCAACGCAUUUGCUUGAAAGGAUGGCUUUCAAGAGCACGUUAAACAGAAGCCAUCUACGUCUUGUGAGGGAAAUAGAGGCUAUUGGAGGAAACACAUCCGCAUCUGCGUCUCGGGAGCAGAUGAGCUACACUAUUGAUGCUCUUAAAACCUAUGUCCCUGAAAUGGUUGAAGUUCUUAUUGACAGUGUGAGGAACCCUGCUUUCUUGGACUGGGAAGUGAAUGAAGAGCUACGUAAGAUGAAGGUAGAGAUAGCGGAACUUGCAAAGAACCCUAUGGGAUUCCUCAUGGAGGCCGUUCAUUCUGCGGGUUAUUCCGGUGCAUUGGCAAAUCCUCUGUACGCACCAGAGUCUGCUUUGGACAGAUUGAAUGGGGAACUCUUGGAAGAGUUUAUGGCUGAGAAUUUCACUGCUGCGCGUAUGGUAGUGGCAGCAAGUGGAGUUGAACACGAGGAACUUUUAAAAGUUGUUGAGCCAUUGACUUCUGACCUUCCUAAUGUAACGCGCCAACCGGAGCCAAAAUCUCAGUACGUUGGUGGAGAUUUUCGCCAACACAUUGGUGGAGAGGCUACACACUUUGCGCUUGCCUUUGAGGUUCCUGGCUGGAACAACGAGAAAGAAGCAGUCGUCGCUACUGUUCUCCAGAUGCUUAUGGGAGGAGGUGGCUCAUUCUCUGCUGGAGGCCCUGGAAAAGGAAUGCACUCAUGGCUCUAUCUUCGUAUUCUAAACGAAUAUCAGCAAGUUCAGUCAUGCUCUGCAUUCAGUAGCAUCUUUAACAACACUGGAUUGUUUGGAAUCUAUGGUUGCUCGGUGAGUUCAGCAAUCUUGACGCUGCUUACUAUGGCUUUUCCCAUUGAUUGGUUAGAUGUGUAUUUAAAGGGAUACCAAAGUCCUGAGUUCGCUGCAAAGGCAAUUGAGUUAGCAGCUAAAGAACUGAAAGACGUUGCAGGAGGAAAAGUUAACCAGAAGCAUCUAGAUCGCGCCAAGGCAGCCACAAAAUCUGCAGUUCUGAUGAAUUUGGAAUCUCGGAUGAUUGCAGCAGAAGACAUUGGCAGGCAGCUUCUUACAUACGGAGAGAGGAAACCAGUUGAGCAAUUCUUGAAGACAGUAGACCAACUAACCUUGAAGGACAUUUCAGAUUUCACCAGCAAGAUUAUUUCAAAGCCUUUGACAAUGGGUUCCUUCGGAGAUGUGUUGGCUGUUCCGAGCUAUGACUCCGUAAGCAGCAAAUUUUGUUGA